CAAUCUCAAAAACCAAAAUCCAUAAUCAAAACCACAAAGAAGACUCCAACAUAAUUCAUCAUCUAUGGCUUCUUCACAUCAACAACAGCAAGAACAAGACCAGUCAGCUUUAGAUCUCAUAACCCAACACCUUCUUACUGAUUUCCCUUCCUUAGACACCUUUGCCUCCACCAUCCACCACUGCACCACCUCAACUCUAAGCCAACGCAAACCACCUCUUGCCACUAUAGCAGUUCCUACUACUGCACCGGUGGUUCAAGAGAAUGAUCAAAGGCAUUACAGAGGCGUCAGGAGAAGACCAUGGGGUAAGUAUGCGGCUGAGAUCAGAGACCCAAACAAGAAAGGUGUUCGUGUCUGGUUAGGCACUUUUGACACAGCCAUGGAAGCUGCAAGAGGUUAUGACAAGGCAGCUUUUAAACUACGAGGAAGCAAAGCUAUUCUUAACUUCCCACUUGAAGCAGGAAAGCAUGAGGACUUGGGAGACAACAAGAAGACUAUUUCUUUAAAAGCAAAGAGGAAGAGACAGGUGACGGAGGAUGAAAGCCAGCUGAUCAGCCGUAAAGCUGUUAAGAGGGAAGAAGCUCAGGUUCAGGCUGAUGCUUGUCCAUUAACGCCAUCAAGUUGGAAGGGGUUUUGGGACGGAGCAGACAGUAAAGACAUGGGAAUAUUUUCCGUGCCUCUGUUAUCUCCUUGUCCAUCUCUUGGACACUCUCAACUCGUAGUUACUUAAGCUUCAGAGGGUCAAACUGGAAAAAAUCAACAUUGGAUUGUUUUCAAAGCUUCUAGAUUAGCUGAUUGUAAAAAAAUGUUUUACUAUAUUCAUUCAUUCUUCUUAAAUGCAAUUCUUUCUACCCUUCCUUAAACGAGCUCAAACUUACAAAAACUUAGGGAGGUCUUAAACCAACAAACCUGUCUUUGCUAGAUCACUAUCAAUGUCCAGCCUAAAGAGAUACAGAAUGUUCAAG